CCAAAAUGUUCAAUUUGGCCGCUUGUUGGUGAAGCUCCCAUAUGAAGUUGUCGCUCUCUCAGCUGAGGACGUGAUGUAGUCGGUAGAUGUUGCUGUGGAGAAUGUAACAGCGAGAUUGCGCACGCCUCUGACAGGCAGUGGGGUGUGUGAGUGUGUGUGUGUAUGUGUGCGAGUGUGUUUGCCUACCUCGACCAAGAGCCCAGAGCCUGAAUAACAGUAGGAAGAAAAUGGACGGAGUGGGUUCAUUUGGCGCUGGGAGAGCCGGGGCUGCGUUCGACCCUUUCGCCUUUAUUCAGCAGCCGCAGACCAUCCUUAGAAUAUUAUCAUGGAUCUUCUCAAUAGUGGUGUUUGGAUCCAUAAUAAAUGAAGGCUAUGUCAACCACGGCAGCGAGAGGCUCUAUUGCGUUUUCAACAAGAACAACAAUGCCUGCAACUAUGGGACCACCAUUGGGCUCAUAGCAUUUCUAGCCUGCAUUUUCUUCAUUAUCCUUGACAUGAAGUUCCAACAAAUCAGCAGUAUUAAAGACAGAAAGAAGGCAGUGAUGCUGGACAUUGGAUUUUCAGGUUUCUGGGCAUUUUUGUGGUUUGUUUGUUUCUGCUUCUUGGCCAACCAAUGGCAACGCACCACCCCAGAUGAGCUGCCCUUAAAUCAGGGAGCGGAUGCUGCCAGAGCAGCCAUAACCUUCUCCUUCUUCUCCAUCUUCACCUGGGCUGGUUCGACUGUAAGAGCGGUGCAGAAGUACCUGCUAGGGACCGACAUGACCCUGUUCACCACAGAGCACCUCGAUGGCAAUCCUCCCGUCCAGCCCUACCCCACCGUCACAAGCACCGAGCCCAACGACACAUACCAGAGCCCACCCUUCACUGAGAACCUGGACUCCACCGCCCCAACCUACCAGGUGCCAAUUUACUGAAACGCUGCCGAGUCCACGUGCGACGUCAUUGGUCUGUCAGAAUCAGUGUGAAUGACUGGCACUGCUCUUCAAACUGAAGUGGUGUGACAAUGUUCAUAGGUAGUACCGUUCUGUGAACUUCUGUACAAGAAUAUGUUGAUUGUGAUUUCACUUUCGUUUGGAAUAUUACGUGUUAAUUUAUCAGCUGGGAUGAAACUGGUUGAGGGGUAUCAGUGUUGUAUAAAAAUGAAAAAGGUUACAUUGCAUGUAUUAUAUUUAGAGAGCUAUUAAGUGCCAUGCAUCCUAAACAAUAACUUAUAUAUUCAGUUUCCAUAAUGCUGUUGGGUACUGUAUAUAAAGUGCAAUAUCUGAAACAUGGAAUCACCAAACGUUUGACACAUUUAAGUGUUCUCCAAGCUUAUGAGAAAGGUGGUCUUCCUAAAAGAGGGUGGAGAUUCGCUGUAGAUAAGGGUGUCUUCUGUAUCAAAGGUGUGUAAAAAUGGUGUUGAUUCAAUGUUUGAUUUAGUGAAGCUACUAAACCUGUAAAGACAUAAAGAAAGAUUUUAUUUUGUCUGGAUUUCGAACAAAAAAAAAUAUUAGUUGGAAUUUUAAAAGCGAGGAAUACAAAUAUAGUUAUGUAAAAAGUUUAAUUGGCAUUUAAAAUAAUAUUUUUAGGAAUAAUUUCACAAACCCGGACAAAUGGUAAGUAAAUUUGAAUACACAACCGUUCAAAAGUUUACGGUCAGUAAGUUUUUUCAAAGAAAUGAAUACUUUUAUUUAGUGAGGACACAUUAGAUUGAUCAAAAAUGACAUAAUGUUACCAAAAAUCUCUAUUUCAAAUAAAUGCUGCUCUUUUGAACUUUCUAUUCAUCAAAGAAUUAAAAAAAAAAAAAAAACAUGCAUCACGGUUUUUAAGUAUUAAGCAGCACAACUGUUUUCAACAUUGAUAAUAAUCAGAACUGUUUCUUGAGCAUUAAAUCAUCAUAUCAGAAUGAUUUCUGAAGGAUCAUUUGACACUGAAGACUGGAGUAAUGAUGCUGAAAAUUCAGAAUAAAAUUUACAUUUUAAAAUCUAUUAAAAUAGAAAACAGUUCUUUUAAAUUGUAAUAAUAUUUUACAAUAUUACUGUUUUUUAUUGUAUUUUUGAUCAAAUAAAUGCAGCUUUGAUGAGCAUAAGAGACUCAUCAAAUCUUUACAGACCUCAAACGUUUGAACUGCAGUGUAUAUGCCAGUGUAUGUGUUUGGGACACCCUUCAGAUAUUCAUCAGUUGGCUGUUGUUAAAAAAAAAACAAACAAAAAAAAAGCGGUUUGGUGGCCAUCAUCAGUGCUUUGUCUGGUAUGUGGUAGAUUUUGGUAAUGUUUCUGUGUUCAGAGAUAGGGCAACAUACAAAAAUGAUAUUGAUUGUACUUCAAAACAUGUAAAUGAAGUAUGUUUGUGAAAGUGGUCAGGGUCUUGUGUUUCCUGUACUUAACUCUGCACUCCUUAAAAUGCCUCAUGGACCAAUAUUUAGGAGUAAUUUACUGAGGUAUGUUUUGCUGGAUCAAAAUUUGCACCUCUAAACAAGUACUAUAGGCGAUGAAGAGAUGUAUAAUUAAAAGCCUUAUUUAGUUUUUGUAUUUGUACUCCUUUGAAGGAUAAAGUGCAAAAUUUGCAUCAGUAAAAAUGCCUUGACCUUGUCCAUGACUCUUUUUAAACACAUAUUACAUACUGUAUUUGCAGGCAAUAUAUCCCAUCUUGUGAUUGAAAGAUGUACACAAAAGAUUUGCUGUUGUAAGUCGGAAUGUCUUCGGACUGCAGUUGUCAGACAUUAUGAAAAUAAAGACAUGUUUUUCAUGCGUGGA